CUUGGCCUGUGCUGCUCCCAAUGAAAGCAUGAGGAGCCUUGGUGUUCAGGUGACACUUGAUAUGCUAGGGAAGACAGUGGGGGCAGCCAGGGUACACUGAGUGGGGUGGUGGCUUCAACUUCAUUGGGAGAAUGGGAGAUAAGGCUCCAACCUUGCUGGGGACUGUGGAUUUUGAACACUGGCCUCCUUUGUUUGUGACCAAGAGGUAGAUGGCCAAACCAAACAAUCUCUUGAGGUCUCUCCUAGUUCUGCUUCCUAUAACCAACAUGGUUGCUUCCUCCUGUCCAGGUAAUGGUAUGGAUCCAUGGAGGUGGUCUGCUGGUGGGUGGGGCAUCAAUGUUCGAUGGGCUAGCCCUGUCUUCCCAUGAAGAUGUGGUGGUGGUGACCAUUCAGUAUCGCCUGGGGAUCUGGGGAUUCUUCAGCACUGGGGACGAGCACAGCCCGGGGAACUGGGGUCUCUUGGACCAGGUGGCUGCAUUGCACUGGGUCCAGGAGAACAUUGCCAACUUUGGAGGGAACCCAGGAUCGGUGACCAUCUUUGGAGAGUCUGCAGGAGGUGCAAGUGUCUCUGUUCUUGUUUUAUCUCCUCUGGCCAAGAACCUCUUCCACGGGGCCAUUUCUGAGAGUGGCAUGGCCCUCUGUGUUGCUCUGGUCAAGAAUGAAAGCAGGUCGGCAGCUGAGAAACUUGCUACCUUGGCUGGAUGUAAAACCACCACCUCCGCUGUCAUGGUUCACUGCCUGCGCCAGAAGACAGAGGAGGAACUCUUGGAGACAUCGCUGAAGAUGAAAUUCUUCAGUCUAGAUUUACUUGGAGACCCCAGAGAGAGCUAUCCCCUCCUGCCCAUUGUGGUUGAUGGGAUGCUGUUGCCAAAGACACCUGAAGAGAUUAUGGCAGAAAAGAAAUUCAACACCGUUCCCUACAUGGUUGGAAUUAACAAGCAAGAGUUUGGCUGGCUUCUUCCAAAAUUGAUGGGCUACCCACUCUCUGAAGGUAAACUGGACCAGAAGACAGCUGCAUCGCUCUUGUGGAAGUCCUACCCCCUUGUUGCCAUCCCUGAGGAACUGACUCCGGUGAUCACUGAGAAGUACUUAGGUGGGACAGAUGACCCUGUCAAAAAGAAAGACCUGUUCCUGGACAUGCUUGGAGAUGCAGCAUUUGGUGUCCCAUCUGUGAUUGUGGCACGUCGUCACAGGGAUGCCGGAGGCCCCACCUACGUGUACGAGUUUCAGCAUCGCCCAAGCUUCUCACCAGAGAUGAAACCCAAGACGGUGAUAGGAGAUCACGGGGACGAGCUCUUCUCAGUCUUCGGGGCCCCAUUUUUAAAAGAGAGUGGCACAGAAGAGGAGGUCAAACUCAGCAAGAUGGUGAUUAAACUGUGGGCCAACUUUGCUCGGAAUGGGUGAGAUUGGUGGCAGAGAGGAGCAGAGUCGGGGACAGGGGUAGCAGGGCAUACCUAUUUGGGAAGUUUAAGUGGUAAAGCUCUUGACUCUAUGACCAAAGUACUCUAACAAUGGGAGCUUUUUUUUUUCCUGUCACAUAUAAGUUUAUAUGCAUCUUACUCCAUAUUCCCACUUUCUCUCCCCCUAAUGAGUCAGCCCUUCCAGUCUCUCCUUUGGUAAAAAUUUUGCCAGCUUCCAACUCUCUCUAUUCUCCCAUCCCCCCUCCA